AUGUGGGGCUUGUUUCCGCUUCGUGGCAGCUUCUGGCAUCUCGUGAAGCUCGGGGUGGAGGGCUUGAGGCGUCGACAGUACUUGGCUCCCAAAUGGCCCGAGUUCCUUCUGGACAAAGACUGCCUCCAGGUCUUCCGGCGGAGCUCUGGGCUGUCGGACCCCUUCGUCAUCCCACAGGCCCAGGCUGCGCGAGUUCUCCUCUUCUCGGGCAACUGCACGUCGGCCGCCUGGGAGCGGCUCAGCGAACCUCUCCUUGGAGGCGCUGCUCAAGAGGUGGCAGCUCUUUGCAUCCCAGACUUCACGGUCGAACCGGCCCUCCUGCUGGUGAACACGGAGGACCUCACCAUCAAGAAGCUCAGCUUCGAAGUCGCCUAG